AACCAGCAGCACCGACAGCGCGGUCGGGCUGGGGCGGUCGCGGGGGAGUGGGUCGGGCGACUCCCAAGGAGGCAGACGCAGGCGGACGGGCGGGUGCUGGGGACCGAGGGGCAGGCGGUCCUCGCGGGUCUGUGAAGAAGGUCGGCGGCCGCGGCGGGUGCCGUUCAGCUUUAAGAAAAAGUAGAAAUCACUCUUGCCUGUACUGAACAGCAAAAAAUUAAGUGACUUCCUGUACUGCAAAUCAUGGCACUACCAUUCCGGAAGGACCUAGAAAAGUACAAGGACCUCGAUGAAGAUGAGCUCCUCGGGAAUCUAUCAGAAACAGAGCUGAAACAACUGGAAACUGUUCUGGAUGAUCUUGACCCUGAGAAUGCCCUUCUGCCUGCAGGGUUCCGGCAGAAGAACCAGACGUCAAAGUCCGCCACAGGGCCAUUUGAUAGAGAACACCUCCUUUCAUACCUGGAGAAGGAGGCAUUGGAGCAUAAGGACAGGGAAGACUAUGUGCCCUACACUGGAGAAAAAAAAGGGAAAAUAUUUAUCCCGAAACAGAAACCUAUACAGACGUUCACAGAAGAAAAAGUAUGUCUUGAUCCAGAAUUAGAAGAAGCUUUGACAAGUGCUUCUGAUACAGAAUUGUGUGACCUUGCAGCUAUUCUUGGGAUGCACAACUUGAUAACAAAUGCACAGUUAUGUAAUAUAGUGGGCAGUAGCAAUGGUGUUGACCAAGAACAUUUUUCAAAUGUGGUAAAAGGUGAAAAGAUUCUUCCAGUAUUUGAUGAGCCACCAAAUCCAACCAAUGUUGAAGAGAGUUUAAAGAGAAUUAAAGAAAAUGAUGUUCGUCUUGUUGAAGUUAAUUUGAAUAAUAUAAAGAAUAUCCCAAUUCCAACCCUAAAAGAUUUUGCAAAAGCUUUGGAAACCAACACACAUGUGAAAUAUUUCAGUCUUGCGGCCACCCGGAGCAAUGAUCCUGUUGCUGUUGCUUUUGCAGAUAUGUUGAGAGUGAACAAAAAUUUGAAGAGCUUAAAUAUGGAGUCCAACUUUAUUACAGGAGUUGGGGUUCUAGCACUGAUUGAUGCUUUAAGAGAUAAUGAAACCCUGGCAGAGCUCAAGAUUGACAAUCAGAGGCAGCAGCUGGGGACAGCUGUAGAAUUGGAAAUGGCCAAGAUGCUUGAGGAAAAUACAAAUAUCCUUAAAUUUGGAUAUCAGUUUACACAGCAGGGACCUCGAACCAGGGCAGCUAAUGCUAUAACAAAAAACAAUGACUUAGUUCGCAAAAGACGAGUUGAAGGAGACCACCAGUAAGUCCACCAAGAUACAAUCUUUGGGAGACUUUUAAGAGGUCACCAAGAGCUCAUGUUGGUGGUGUCAGAUGUAACAUUUUCCUGGGUAGAAGGGAAAAGACUGGAAAUCUUUUUUUUUUUAAACUACAUGUAUCUUCUUUCUAGUUUGUUAUUAGUUUCAAAUUGUAAAAUCAAUAGUAGGUGGUAUUUUGUAUUUUAUAACAUUUCUUCUGCUAAAAUCAAUUUUAAUUUAGCUUAUUAAUUAAAUGGUUUGUGAUGAGUCAUGAGUUUAAAAAUACAAAUGUAGAAGUUUAGGAAAUCAUUUAUGUAGAAUAUGAACAUUUUAGGGACCAAUCUUUUUAAAAUCAAAAAGGGACAUUACUGAUAUGAGAAUUGCUAUUGUACCUGUUAGGUACAAGACAUUCAUCAAAGCUUUCUUUAUUCCAUCACGGGGAGCCCUUUCCAUGUUUUAGAAUACGUGAACUUGGCAAGAGUAUGCUUUUUGCCUCUAUCAAGAAAGCAAAAUGCCAGGAUUUUAAAACAGAGGACUCCAAAUCAGGUCAUCUGUUCAGGAGUAAAAGCACAUCUCUGGGAGAGAGAAAGGUGCCUUCUGCAUGUUCCAGGUCAUUGCACUUGUCUGGCGUAUGUGCGUCAGAAACACCUGGACUUGUUUAAACAAAGCCAUCAGCAUGGCCAGGUUACAUACGUCGUUUCAAAAUGUCUAAAUUCAUUGUAGUUUAUCUUAAUUGGGCAUUAUUAAAUUUUUGUGAAAGGUCAUAUAAAAAGCAUGUAAGUAGGCAAGCUAUUUUCUUCCCUGUAAAAGGCAUGUUGCCAACUCUUGGUAAUUUAAGAAAAAAAAGGCUAUUAAACAUGUGUAAUCAAAGAUAAUAAACGUGAUGGAAUUGGAGUCUGAGGCAUAUGCAAAAUGGUCAUCAAAACUGAUGAUUACUGUAAAUUAGAAACUGGCCUGGGUAUGAAUUACUGUUGCACAGUAUUGUGAGAAUUCGUGCAUGUGCUGCAGAAUUGCAAAGACAGUAGUGACUCAGGGCUCACUACAAAUUGUCUGACCAGUAAGGAAAACUGUCCUUCAUAAGCCUAAUUUUUAUUAUGUUUCCUUUCAUCUUAUCUUUUUUGGUCCACAUGGUGUAAAAGUAAUCUCUCCUGAGAAAAGUUUCUUCCUACUACUCCUGCUCACAGUAUUCAAAUGAACACUUGAACAGUGUCGCAUGGUGAAGGCUGCCUCCAGUGCAGGCGGAGUGACGGGAUUUGAACCUGGAUUCACCCCCUGGCUCAGGGCAGCUCCUGGAGCAGAAGGGCGCAGAGCUAUCACAGCUACAGGAAACAGGCAGGAAGAAUUCAGGCCUGGCUAUAUCAUUUUCAGGGAGUAAAGGGAAGAACCCCAUUUAAGAGGAGGGGGAUAGGUCUAUGGAUUCUUUAGGCAAGGAUUUUUUAAAUUGAAUUACAAAAUGUUACUCCUUUGGCUUGGGCUGGACAGUUUACUUAAUGAGCUAGGUAGGCAGUGUCUUCUGUGCUCUGGUUAUAGGCCGCCUCAGCAGGCCAAAGCUUCCCUUAUAAGAACCGAAUGUCUUUGUUGUGUUAAAUCAGUAUCCAGUGUUUCCAAGGGGCCAAAGACAGACUUUGCACUAUUACUUUUCAGUUAGAGACAACUGAUAUAUAUUUUCUCCAAGUUAGCAAGUGUUUUUGUGUGUGUGUCUCUUCAUAUACAACUUUGGAAAUGUUCUUGAUUUUAGAGACUGUACACUUGCAGCAGGGUGGAGAGUCAGUGUGGAGAGAGUCUAAGGCUACCCGUUAUACUUCCAGCAAGGCUUCCUUGCUUGCACUGUCCUGUAAGUCAAUGAAUUGAGAAGUAUGUUACCCCUUCUACUGUGAGUUUUUUUUUUUAAAAUAUACAUAGAUGGGGCCCUACACAGUCUAUGUAUGUACUUGAGGCUAGGAUCUUUUUCAUUUGUUACUUACCACAGUAGGAAGAAGUGUUUUGCUUCUACCAUUCUAGUCCUGAGCUAUGACAGUUCAUUUUAUAGCUGAAGAAACAUUUCUUCAUAAAUAUCUUUAAAAAGAUGAACAUUGAUCCAAUUGAGGACAGAAAGUCAAGAAUUGUAAUUACAAGGGAGAAAACUGAUGUUUACUUUGAUCUUUAAAAUUCUGGCACCUAACCUUUCAGUAACUUCCAGUGUUCUUGUAUAGCUUUAAAAUGUUGUAAUAGAUUAGGGUUCUGAAAUAGUCUUGAUUUUUUUAAAACCAAAGAUUUUCUAAGACCUUAAAACAUUCUGUACACUAACCAGUUUAAACUUAUCUAGUUAUCUCAUCAAAGGAUAUUCUUUGCAUUUUUAAAUUGCCUUUUUAAAGAAUCUUUUAAUUUCCCCAUUUUGUAAAAUUUUACAUUCCUAUUUGUCUGAAGUUCUAAUUUUGCAAGUAUGUCUACAUGAAAUUGUAUGUAUUGAAAAAAGCAAUAUUAAUAACUAAUACUGAUAUUGUUAAAAAGGAUUUUGGUGCUAUAAACUUGUAGCUUAAAUCUAGUAGAAGUCUUAAGUAUAGGCAAAAUACAUUUCCAAAGGGUGCCUGUCAUUUAAAAGACCAAAUAAACAUUUUGUGUUUUAAAAAAAAACUAGCAGAUUGUUAGUAAUUUCAAGGAGAAAUUAUCUUGGUCAUUAAGUUGCAAAUUCCUAUUUAAAUGAAGUAACCCACAUACUCCCUUUGUGCAAUAGGUGCACUCUGGAAAAGUUACAUGUAAAUAGAACUUUGUAAAUUGUUUUUCCAUUGACAGUAUCUGAUGUAUUUUCACUUAAAAAGGGGAUUCCAUGAUAAAAUAAAAAUUUUAAAAGAAAAAA